AAAAACUAUGCAUAUUAAAAGAACAGUACAAUUACUUUAGUGAAAAAAUAUAAGCAGGAACAGAAAUGUAAUCCUGUUACCUGGUUUAAUCAUUGAUAGUGUUUACACAUUUGUGAUACUCUGAAUUCUAAUCUAACCCAAAUUACAAGUAAUUAUGUUUGAAGAAUGAAGAGAGAGGUUUAUAUUUGUUGUGUUAGACACAAAGGUGGGGAGUGUUUGAAAAAGCUAAAAACUCUCAUCUCCCACACUUAUAGGUAAAUGGAUAAUAUCAAUAAAGAACACCUAAAACUAAAAAGAUCAAGAAGUAACAAUAUAAGAAUAUACUUAAACACAUAUACAUAAAUAUAUAUUCUGGAUUUUAUUUUGUAUACAUACAUUAAAAUUUUAAAGUGUACAACUACUUCAAUUGUUUUAAAGUUCCUUUCAGUAGAUCUAGGAACUAAUGAGACACUAACAAUUACUGGCUUUCGCUCCCCAUAGGAGCUUUUCAGCUUGUUAAGAUUAGAGUACAGGGAUGGUGAAGGGACAUUUAGUUGUUUCACAUUUUCUAUAUUAAGAAAAAAACAGUACUAAAAGAAAAAAGGAAAUCAAAAUGUCCUCAAUAAUCUCUAAUGUUCUAGUCUCCUACUGAGAUUAAUAUACACUCUUCUGUAUCAGGCCUGCAAUAUGAAAACCACAUGCAUCCCGAUCUUAUUCUGGCCCUUCUUCAUGCUAUUAUUAUCAGAUGAAAGCAAGACUUCUAAAACAGAAGUCAAAUGUAAUUUCACUGAAAAGAAUUAUUCUUUUAUUCCAGAGGAUAUCAAUAAAAAUGUUACUAUACUUGAUCUCAGUUAUAACCAAAUUACUCUGAAUACUAUGGACACAAGUGUUCUACAGAUCUAUUAUUUACUCACUGAGCUCUAUUUGAUUGAGAACAAUGUUGUCAUAUUACAUAAUAAUAGUUUUGGUAACCUCUCCAACCUGAAAAUUUUAAAUAUCUGUAGAAAUUCCAUCUAUGUAAUUCAACAGGGUGCAUUUAUAGGUUUAAAUAAACUAAAACAGUUAUAUCUCUGCCAAAACAAAAUAGUACAACUGAAUCCUAAUAUAUUUGUGCCCCUCAAAAACCUGAAACUUCUGAAUCUACAAGACAAUAUGAUGAGCUACAUAGAUAGACCACCAUUGUUUCAUCUGGAAUUAAUCAUUUUAGAUGGAAAUCCAUGGAACUGCUCUUGUACUCUAUUAAAUUUGCAGAACUGGUUAAACACAUCAAAUGUGACACUAGAAAAUGAGAACAUCACCACGUGCAGCUACCCAGAUAUCCUGAAGUGCUACAGUAUCAAAACAGUACCUUAUAAUACAGACUGCUACUCAACAUUUCCUUUACCUGUAAUGGCGGACCUUUAUAUUAAUUUCCAGUCCAUUAGCAAUUCAACAUUUAAUAGCUCUUUGAAGAACUUAACAAAUUCAGAACAUGAACCUCCUGGAAAAAGCUGGACUUUUCUUGUUGGUGUUGUAGUAACUGUACUGAUGACUUCACUCCUCAUUUUUAUUGCUAUCAAAUGCCCAAUAUGGUAUAAUUUCCUGCUUAGUUACAAUCAUCAUCGUCUGGAAGAGCAUGAAGAAGAAACCUAUGAAGAUGAUUUUAUUGAAAAUCCAAGUGCUCUUUCACAGAUACCAGAUCCAAUCUCCGAAGAUACUACAGUAACAUUUGAACAACUAAAUUCAUUUGCAGUAGAUGAUGAUGGGUUUAUUGAAGACAAAUAUAUAGAUACUCAUGAAUUAUGUGAAGAAAAUUAACUUCAAUGUUUGAUUCUAUAAAAAAUGUUAUCAAUUCACUCCCAGUUUAAACAUGGAGAUUUUCACAUAUAGCAUAGCAAACUAUUGCUAGUAGACCUUCAUAUUACUUGCAACAUUCAUAAAUAUCAUAAAAUUAUGUUUUUCUAGUUGUUAUUGAAAAAGUCCAAACACAGUAACUGACACUUCUCAGUAGCUAACAGUUAUAAUACUAGCAUUACUAUUGUCAGAAGUUGUCAGAAAACCAUAAAUACUAGUAAAAAUGAUACCUAAAAUAAAUUUUCAUGAUUUAAAAUAAAGUGUUUCUCAUAUUACAAGAUAUUUGAUAUAAUUCAAUCAGAGUAAGGAACAGAGAUACCUUAAAUUGACAAUAUGCUUGGAUUCACUUUUUUAUGUUCAGAGAAUGAAUUCAUAGAAUGGAAAAACACUUUUUAAAUGCUUCCUGAAUUAGCACAAUAAAUUUCCUGAAAAUUUAGUAGCAAUUUAAAGCACAGCACAAUGUCUGGGGCACAAUCCCUAAUAACUUACUACUAAUUGGGUUAUAAAGAAACACUGUCACCAUAAUGCAGAAUUGUCACAAUUGAAUAGUAUGGUGGCUUCCUAAGUGGGUAUCAUAAUUAUCUAUAAAUCUCAUUUUUUAAAAA